AUGCAUGCAGCACAAUUAUUGGAAUAUUGUCCACGAAAUUCUCGCAUCGAUGAAUUUGUUGACAGUGCAAUAAGUGUUGCUAAGAGAUCGACCACUUCAAAACAAUUAAAUUCGGAUAUCAGUAUUCGUCAACGAAUCAACAAAAACACUAAUAAUUCAAUACAGUCAUCAUCAUCGUCACCAUCCUCAUCACUAUCAUCGUCAUCGUCAUCAUCAUCAUCAUUACCAUUAAAUUCUACAACUAUCAAUGAUAGAAUAUCAUCAUCAGAUAAUAAUCAAACGAAUAAUAGUCGAUUUCGAUUAAAAAAUUCAAAAAAUUCAAUACUAUUACGAUUUUCGGGAAUAUUCUAUCGUUUAUGUUGCUAUGGUACUUAUUUAUUAUGGUUUACAAUUGGCAUUUUGGCAAUUCGAAAAACAUUAAAUGCUACAGCAGCGGUACGUUAUGUCAAAGAGCACAGUGAUACAGUAUCCGAAGAAGUCAUUGCCACUUCUAGCACAUUUCAAAAACUAUUAUGGUCAUUAGACCAUGAAUUUCAUAAGCCACCAGCUAUAUUCCUGCUCAAUCAGCAUGCUCUCAAUAUGACAUUUAAUUUCUUAUGCAAUACACGUGAUAUGAAUGGUGUUCAUGAAAGAUUAAUUUUUAUCACAUUGGAUGAAGUGGCAAAAGAUGUGUUAAAUGAAUAUUGGCCUAAUAUAAGGCAAGUAUAUUGGCCAACACCAAGUUUAUAUAAACCAUUCAGUUUUGCGGAAGGUGCCUAUCAGACAUUAUAUUUACUUCGUGCUAACAUGGCUGUAUGUUUACUUAAAAAUGGGAAAUCAUUUUGGAUGAUGCAACAAGAUACAUUCUGGCUUAAAAAUAUUUUUGACUUAGGCCUUGAAGAGAAUUAUGAAUACGAUGCAAUCUUUGAUCAAAUUGGUUUUAAUAAUGUCUCACAACGAGCUGAAUGGAUUAAUGGCGCAAAUUUCUUCGUACAUGCAAAUAAUAGCACAGUAAAAUUCUUCGAAGCUGUCGCACGUAAAUUAGCGCAUUGGUAUACGCCAGAUAUGGGUAUUAUGAUACAUCAGUGCCAUACAUGGAAGGAACCAAAAUGUAGCUAUAUUCCGCAUAAAAUUGCAAAUUCAUGGGAAUGGAUGUAUACCAAUCAGAAAAAUCCACCAUACAUUCUUCAAUUGGACUGUGAAACUGAUGGCGGUUCUAAAUUAAUGCAAUUAGCCAAAUUUGGAUUUUAUUUUAUGAAUAGCGACAAUCAUAGGAUAUGUAAUCAAACAGCGGUGGAUGUUGCAAGAAAACGAAUGGAAGAUGGUAAAAUCGAAGUGUCAAGGACUCGUCUUAGCUGGGGUCGUUUUCAAUUUAAAGUAUAUUGGUGGAUUGUUGACCGUAUGCUUAGUAUGCCAAUUCUUGGAACAAUGAUGAAACCUUAUCUUCCACUUAUUGGUUUUAUCGUUAUGAUUACAAUUUAG